GUAGGGAUGGUGAGAGAAAGACUGAGAGGGAAGGAACAGGGGAGGAGGAGAGGAGAAGAUCUCUAAACGAGAUGCAUGGCACUACAUCCUACAACAUCUGACUUCCCUGCCCCCCUUUGACAGGCGAGGGAGCACUCAGAGAAAGGCACAGACAGACUCAUCCCUUCAGAUAAGCAUGUCCUGGAUCACUCGUUCUGGCAUGGCUGUACUCAAACUGGGAAAUAUAUGGGCUACCAGGUCACUCGCUCUUACGGCAGCAACAAGAGCUGCAUGAGUGUGAAACUACUGAGAAUGGACCUCCGUUUCUGGUGUCCCACAUGAACACCGUGAAAAAGAAAGGGUAAAUAUAUGCCACACAGUGCACCGGCCUGGCUACCUCCUUCCCUCUGGAAACCCGUGACCUUGUUGUGAUUACUGUGUACCGCUGUCUACCUGCCUGGUCUCCUGGAGCUGUAUUGUGGCACAGCAGGUGGGAAUGUGACUUACUCAGGUGGAAUACAAAGAGCCAUGGACUCUGUAAAAGGACAGUGGAACAUUUGUUAUAUGUUGAGGAGAGAAUGUCACUUCUGACCUGUUGCACAUUUCUGCCUGUGGUUCACAAAAUCUUGGAAUAAACAUUGAAGAUGGGACAUGGUGUUGUCCGUGAUCAUUUCUGCAAGAUCUGUUUGGCCAAGACAAAGGACAAAAGGCUAAAGACGAGCCUGAAUACAACACAGCUUUCAUGUCAGAACCACGUGGAUAUUACAAUGCACAAACCCUUCCCACGCUCUGAAAAGGAAGAGCUGAGAGUGUUUCCAUCUCCCACAUCCACCCACAGAAAUCUGAGGAUGCAAGGGAAUGAGGUAUGAACUGUUUGGACGGUGUUUAAUCAACCCUACAGAGAGGUGUUUGAGGAAACAGGGGUAUCCCUACUUCAGUCUGUGCCAUGCUGGGGAUAAGGACAGCUGAUGCAUUUGUUCAAUUUUAGCUCGUUUGACAUCAGAAAACUAAACAAGAGCACAACGGAGCAGGUACAUAGCAGAAUGGCACUGAAGGAGCAAAGGACACUGGUAAGAUAAAGAGGCAUUGGAGUAUGGAUGGAGUCUAUGCCAUCUAGUCCAACACAUCAGCACUUCGGUUUGCUAAACAAGCACCUAACGAGGACGGGGAACACAAGGGAGGGGAGAAUGCAUACCCCUCCUGUGCUGGGAUUCCAGGCCAUCAUGAGCAACGUCACUGUCCUCGAUAACAUUGAACCCCUUGACUUCGAAAUGGACCUGGAAACUCCUUACCCUGUCAGCUUUCAGGUGUCUCUUACGGGUUUCCUCAUGUUGGAGAUUGUGUUGGGUCUCAGUAGCAACCUGACUGUGCUGGCUCUCUACUGUAUGAAGUCAAACCUGGUGAGCUCUGUCAGCAACAUUGUAACCAUGAACCUUCAUGUUCUGGAUGUGCUGGUGUGUGUGGGAUGCAUCCCACUUACGAUAGUGGUGGUGCUUUUGCCACUGGAAGGCAACAAUGCACUUAUUUGCUGCUUUCAUGAGGCUUGUGUGUCCUUUGCUAGUGUGGCCACUGCUGCCAAUGUGCUGGCUAUCACACUAGACCGCUAUGAUAUCUCAGUUCGGCCUGCAAAUCGAGUUCUGACAAUGGGACGUGCAGUGGCCCUAUUAGGGUCCAUUUGGGCUUUAUCAUUCUUCAGCUUUCUGGUACCUUUCAUAGAAGAGGGUUUUUUCAGCCAGGCUGGUAAUGAAAGGAAUCAGACAGAGGCCGAAGAGCCUUCAAACGAAUACUACACAGAAUUGGGACUGUACUAUCACCUGCUGGCACAGAUACCAAUCUUCUUCUUCACUGCUGUGGUCAUGCUGGUUACUUACUACAAGAUUCUGCAGGCUCUGAAUAUCCGCAUUGGCACACGCUUCCAUUCGGCGCCCAAGAAGAAACCAAGAAAGAAAAAGACCAUCUCUAUGACGUCCACUCAACCAGAAUCUACUGAUGCAUCGCAAAGCAGUGCAGGCAGAAAUCCACCAUUGGGUAUGCGUACCUCUGUAUCUGUGAUCAUAGCCCUCCGUAGGGCGGUCAAACGGCACAGGGAACGCCGUGAACGGCAAAAGAGGGUUUUUCGCAUGUCGCUUCUUAUCAUCUCUACCUUUUUGCUUUGCUGGACACCCAUAACCGUGCUCAACACGGUUAUCCUGAGUGUAGGGCCAAGCAACUUCACCGUGCGUCUCAGACUGGGCUUCCUGGUCAUGGCUUACGGAACCACCAUUUUUCAUCCGCUGCUGUAUGCCUUUACUAGGCAGAAAUUUCAGAAGGUUUUAAAGAGUAAAAUGAAGAAGCGCGUUGUGUCAGUUGUUGAAGCUGACCCCAUGCCCAACAAUGUGGUCAUUCACAACUCAUGGAUUGACCCAAAAAGGAACAAAAAGGUGACUUUUGAGGAGACAGAGGUCAGGCAAAAAUGCCUCUCAUCAGAGGAUGUGGAAUGAGCUACUGGGCCGAUUUUAGGCAAAAAUCCUCAUCAGGUACAGAGUCGUUAAAAAGGGAAACCACUAAUCCAAAGCAGUAAUGAACUUAAGUGUAUUAAUUGUACAGUACCUGAAGAGGAAUAAUUUAUUAUUAUUUAUUGUGAUGGUGACUACUGUAGAUGUCAUAGACGUUGAAGUGUAAAUACUGCAUGUGCUUUAUUGAACUGGUCCUAGAUAUUGUACAUACAUAUCAAAGUAUAAACCUCAAAUGUAAAGUAGAAAAUGAUGCCCCUGGGUUUGUUUAUUUGCAUUAAAUUCACCCCAAAAGUGCAGAUUUUAUUUUCAAGAUGAAUUCCACACAACUCCUUUGCAAUAACACUGGGUCAUAAUUAAAGGAGUAAAGAUUUUUGAGUCUCUGAAAAAGGGGGUUAUACGUCUUUACUCCUGUUUUACCUUAAAUUUUACUGGUGACAAAUAUGUGAUAAAUACUCUUGAGAAUUUAAAGCAUGAGCUUCUUUAAGUGGAUAUCUCUUAUUUGCCCUCUACCCUGCAAUAAAAAAGCGUGAUAACUUUACUACUACUCAGGUCAACAAGUCACAAGACUUUCAAAGCUAGGUCUGCUUCCUUUCAAAAUCACUUGCAUGACCAGUUGGCAUAAAAUUAUAUCUUUUUAUAGGUAUAAAGGAAGUGGUGUACAGCAUAUCGUCCAAUAAAGCUGCUGGGGUUAUGAAGUGGUUGGGGAGUGUCAAUGAAAAGGUGUUGACUCCAGAUAGUUGACCUCAUGAUACCCAUUGAGCUGUUGGUGUUUAAUUAUGGGUUAGACUGGAUUACAGGGUGAUAGCUGUAUCUUUUGGCAGGCUAGGAAAAAUAAUCACACAUUGCACUGCAUCAAUGAAAGGUCACACACCUAGGUGCUUUGGGACAGUGUCAUGCUAUUGCAUGCUGAAAAUUAAGCCGAGAGUUGGUUUGAUGUGCAAAAAAUCUGGAAUGGAUGCAAAUGGUGUUGGACAAUAACUCGCAUUAAUCAUACAUAAUUAAUAGGCAUCAUUUUUAUGUAUGACACUGUGGUGAAAUAACACACAUGGUAAUUUCUAAGAGCCCUUUAACCCAAUUGUAUCAUAAUAUCCAACAGAUUAUACCAAGGCAUUUGGAGCAAUUGCUCUUUGAUGAGUUGACCGAGAUUUAGGGUUGCUCAUAACAAAGGUAAACAAGCUGUAUAAGCAUUUGAAAUAGGCAUGCAGUGACAAAAAUAUGAUUGCAAGUGAGCAAAUGGGGCACCUGCCAGUAAAAAUUGAUACCAAAAACUGGGAGAAAUAUGCUUAUAAGUUGCGUUCUGAAAGAUCCGAAGUCUCAUUAAUACUAACAAAAUGUACUGUUUCCAUUGUUAAUGCCAAUGCUCAAUAUUCUAGUAUUAACACUAUUGUCUUUCUCUUGAUUUAAAGGCUUAGGGCUGCACAUACUGGAAAAAUCGGACAUUGCAAUACUUUGUUUUGCCACGAUAUAUAUUGCGAUAUGAAUAAAAUUGAUUUGAGAUGAUUUGAAUAGCUUCAUUUGGAAAGAUUUCAUUAAAUAAAAUCA